AUGGCCUCUACCUCCUCUACACUGUAUCGAUCCAGCCUAUCCCUAGCUCACAGUCUCAAUCACAGUCAUGGUGACCUUGAGAAGGGGCACAAGGCGAGGGUCCUGCGGUCUGCUGACAGGGAGAAGCCAGCCCGUGGUAUCUCCGUGAGCACUAUCCCUCCCAUGGACAGCGGAGCAUGGAGAAAACUGACAAGGUUUCAACGCCGCUUCUACGAGUGGCUUGUAUAUGCGCACCACCUGCCCGUAGCUGGCGGAGAGGGUAAUGAAUAUGAGAAUCUCCGCAAUCAGCCACCUUCACUUCCACCCGUCUACAACGGCUACCGGCUUGGCGAGGAGGUGGAGUCGGGAACUAAUGCUUAUGACGAGGAGGAGUUGGAUGGACAAGGACAGGCUUUCAUCAGUUCCUCCUUCGAAGAGGGUCUAGAGAAGAAUGUCUAUUCCCCAUAUGUUAGUGGAAUGGAUGUGCGCUUGGCUCAAUUUGUCAGUCAGCACAACGUCAACAUGGGCGAUGGAGCUGUCAUCUAUCCGGUUUCAGGGGUAGAGGAUGCGGACAGUAGGAAGAAAAAGGCAUUCAAUCCUCCAUGCGGAUGCACUCGACAGCAGUUCAGCUGGGCAGUGGGUGGGAUCACAGUGGCAGUUGUGGUGGUGAUCGCGGUGGCGGUCAGUUUGGGUGUGAUCUUCAACCGAGUCGAACCCCUCCAAUUCCCCGAAGCUGAGCCCUGGUGGACCCACGGCCUUGUUUACCAAAUCCACGUGCCCACCUUUGCCAACGAUGCUGGCGGAGCGCUGGGUCGUUUCAAGGAUGUCACCUCUCGAAUGGUCUACCUAGCUGACAAGAUCUACGCGACAGCAGCAAUAUUGACAGGAGUCCUGGAUGCGGAUAAAAAUGGGGUGCGGAACUGGAAGACAAUCAAUCAGGACAUUAACAGUGAGGGUGACUCGGUGGACGCAUUAUUGGCAGAAAUGGACACUAGGGCAAGAGGGAAUGAGAUUGAGUUGAUGCUGGGGAUGCCGCUGUAUGCCACAAGUGAUAGACAUCCCUGGUUCGCGCAGAGUAUCCAAAUGAACCCGCAGAGAUUUGCCAACUUUUACUUGUGGAGAAAAGAGCAGCCCGUUAACUCAAUUGAAGCACGCUACUAUGCCUUCAACAAUGUGAGAAAGGAGUACUACCGUCAUGUCCAUGGAAAUCCAUCAUCACCGCUACUCAACCUCUCCGAUCCCGAAGUUCAAACAGAAAUGAAGUCUGUGAUUGCCUUCUGGAAAGAGGAGCUCGGGAUUAGUGGAGUUUUCAUUACCAACUCCACCAACAUUUUAAAUGAAAUGGCAGCUCCACUCACCUCCAUUUUGACCUCAGGUCUUGACAAAAACACAGACGCCUUUACCUGGUUUGCCGACAAUCCUACCGCCGACAAGCUGCUCACAGGCAAACCUCCCUGCUACUAUGAACUGAUUAGUAACGAACGCAUUACCACCCGCACGGAGGAUAUAAAUGCCCAGCUCUAUUCUAUUCUCCCCGAAAUCAAGCAGAGAUCAUGUUCACCAGUUUGGCGUCUCACACAACGUUCUGCUGAUUUCACUGAUUACUUUUCACUGCAAAAAUUCGCCGCGUUUCUGCCAGGUCUCAGUGUGAUGAGGGCAGGAGAGGAAGUUCAACUCAUGACCGGAUCAACGGAACUCAUCCAAUGGGAUUCGACUAAUCCAGCGGACUUCAAGACCUACUGGCCAAUAAACGUACUGCCCGAUGAGACAGCGAAACAGCGAUUGGGGAGUUGGGAGCGAUAUGGCGAGAAGACAGUGGGAGGGGCAGGAACGAUAUUUAACACCGGUUGGGGAAACAGUGACGUUCGAGUUAUGUCGAUACCACGCACGGAGAACCUCUUUGUGGUGCAACGGGUCUAUGUGCCCAACGAAGCACAUUUUGCCACCUUUUUUGUUAGCUUUCAAGCAUUGAAUGCAUUCACCAAUCUGGCAGAGGUUGUGGCCACCUCAGAUGGCAGUUCGAUUGUCAACCUUGUCUACGAGGGGAGAGGUCUAUUCGUGGGAAAACAGCUGCAGCUCAAACCUCAUUCCAUGCAGCCCAUAGCACAUUAUGGUGCCUACACCGCGAGGGGCUACGAAGCCUCCGGGACGAGACCCAUCACCUCUUCGUCCGCGAUGCCAUCAGGCGGCUACCAGCAGGCUACAAAUAAUACUUACGAUGCCACAAAACUUCUGAUUGGCGCUGUUGCUGCUGCAGCUGCCGCUGGCUACUCAAGUGUUCCUAAUCCCCUUAGUAUCACAAACAUGAUCGGCGCCGGUACCACUGAUGCAGCGGCCUAUGCAAGUCGCUAUCAUGCAGUCUGUCAAGCUGCUUACCAACACCAGUACUACGACUACCAGCAGCAUUACGGCAACAGUGUCAAUCUCCAACGCCACACUUCCGCAUUUCAGGCACCUUUCGGCUACGGUCUGCCACAACAACCACAAUAUCCCUCCACAUCUGCUAGCAUCGCAAAACCUGCCCCUUCAACACCCCAGACUUCCAAAACCACAGCAACAACAAGUAGAAAGACUAGAAAACGACCGCCGUCUAGCGCUUCAACGAAAUUGGCUGCGACUGAUGCAAAGAAGCGUGAGGACUUCGAUAAGCUUGUUCGUGCUAGGACAGACAAGCUGCUUUCUGAUGGACCUCUAUUUGUUCCGCUCUCAGUGAACGAGGCUGUGGGAAAUGCCUCUUCGACAUCGUCUUGCAAUUCUCUCGCCAAUAGUGCUGAAGGUGCUUCAGCAGCCGCCGUGAUUGCCGCUAGCAACUCACGACUCCUUCGAACUGUGCUUGAUGAGAAAGUUCGCAAACUCAUGACAUCUCCAUCCGUGCGUGGAGUGCUCCGAUCGAGGCAGGCGAUGGUGGGAGCGCGAAAGCGAAACAGUGAACUCUUCGCUGUGCAACAGCACCCUGCACGCAGCUAG